GAUAACGAAUAAGAUCGUGGUGGUGGUGCAUGUGAAGAGUAAAUAAGAGUAUUUGAAGAGAAAAUAUAAAUUAAAACGAAAACCGUACGCAUAGUAGAAGCACCAUCGCUUCGUUUUGUUUAUUUCCAAUUGGAACUUGCAAGCGCCGCGUACGGUAAAAUAAGCGGCUUCCAGUGCGCCGGAAUAAUUCUUCUUUUUGGAAGUUCCCGAGUCGUGGGUGCGAAAACGUCAACAAUUGAAUAAAAAUUGUAUGAAAGAGAGUGAGAGGUAGCCAUGACCACCAACAAGGAUCCCCAAGUCAAGGGGGCCGUCAAAACAGAAGAGACCACAAAUGGCGGAACUGGAGGGAUCAUCAAACGCCUCAGGAGAUCCGCCUCCGCCACGGAACACAAUCUCAGUAACCUGAGGAAUCGGAAAUCCACCCAGAACCUAUUCGAUCAGCAUGGCAAUCCCAUAGAUCUGCGGCAAUACCGGAAAGUUUUGGACAAGGAUGAGAACGGAAAUGGUAUGAACGGAAGUGAGAAGAAACUGCGCUACAGAAGGACCCAGAGUGUCACGAGGGCUGAAGAGAUCUCCAACAAGGAGGAGAAACAGCGAAGAGCUCAACCUGGCAGACCGAUCCAUCGUCCUAGAGACUCACUGUUCUCCUGGAGCUCAGGGUUUACCAACUUUACGGGACUGGUCAACUGGGGGUUUCUGCUACUCUGCAUUGGAGGUCUACGUCUGGGUCUGGAGAAUCUACUCAAAUAUGGCAUUCGCAUUAAUCCCCUGGACUGGUUCUUCUUCAUCAGUGGCCACAACGAAGGCGAAGGUUACAAUGCCCUCAUCUUGAGCAUUUAUUCCCUAGUCCAUAUAUCCCUCUGUCUCGCUGUGGAGAAAGGCCUGGCCAUGGAAAUUAUUGCCGAAGGACUGGGCAUCUUCAUUCAGAUUGUAAACAUAAUUGUGCUGGUCUGCUUGCCUGUGGUGAGCAUCCAUCUUAGAGGUCAUGCCUUUAGUUUGAUGGGAGCUUCUACGGUUUGCUUUUAUUACUCGGUCCUGUUUCUGAAGCUCUGGAGCUAUGUGCAGACAAAUAUGUGGUGUCGCCAGACCUACUACCAGAAGAACCCCCGAGAACGCAGGCCCAGCAUCACUUUAGCAGAACUGAGUAGGUUUAUUCAUUUUAAUUUAAGUAUUUAUUUACUUAAUUUAAUUGCUACUACAGAAAAUGGAGCCCUGGAUGGCGGCGAUGAAGACGAAGCUAUCCCCAAGCUAGUACAGUACCCGGAUAAUCUCACCUACAGGGAUCUCGUGUACUUCCUUUGUGCCCCCACUCUGUGUUAUGAAUUGAAUUUCCCGCGAACUUCGCGCGUGCGCAAGCGCUUCUUGCUCAAGCGUCUCCUGGAGGUUGUGAUUGGAGCUAAUGUGGUCAUGGCUCUGUUCCAGCAGUGGAUUAUUCCCUCAGUUCGCAACUCGUUAAUCCCAUUCUCCAAUAUGGAUGUUGCUUUGGCCACUGAGCGACUCCUUAAACUAGCGUUACCCAAUCACCUGUGCUGGCUGUGCUUUUUCUACCUGAUGUUUCACUCCUUUCUGAACGCGGUGGGAGAACUACUGAACUUUGCGGAUCGUAACUUUUAUUGCGAUUGGUGGAAUGCCAAUAAUAUUGAUACUUUUUGGAGAACCUGGAACAUGCCAGUCCACAGGUGGUGUGUUCGUCACCUUUACAUCCCAGUGGUUCAGAUGGGUUACUCUUCGCGACAGGCUUCAACUAUAGUGUUCCUGUUCAGCGCCUUCUUCCAUGAAUACUUGGUUUCAGUUCCUCUACAAACGUACAAGAUUUGGGCCUUUAUGGGAAUGAUGGGCCAGAUCCCUCUUUCGGCCAUUUCGAAAUAUAUUGAAAAGCGUUUGGGGCCCCGAAUGGGCAACAUUAUUGUUUGGGCCUCCAUUAUCCUGGGUCAGCCCCUCUGCAUUAUGGCCUACUAUCAUGAUUAUGUGGUCCACCACUUUAAAAGCGCACUCAACGGCACCGACUAUACGUCACAGAUUUUUAAAAUGAAUUACAACUGAAAUUUCUGCACUGGACUGGUCCGUGUACUUUUUAGAAUUUAUAAGCCAGGAUACAAGUUAAGGAAGUGACUUGUGAUUUGCCACAAUACAAUAUCGAGUUUGUAUGAUUUUCGCACAUGCAUGUAGUACUGAUGAACAAAAAUAGAUUGUUAUUGAAUGCAUUUGUUAAUGAAUUUAAGUGUCAUGUAAAUAAAUAGAAUUUUUAAAAAUAA